AUGUCUGCCGAAAGACACCUGCCAGGUGCCAGUGUUGUCCCUGAGAACAUUUACCCACUGUACCCACUCGACAGCGAUAAGACGAAUCGCUGUUUCGUAUCCUGGCUGAUGAGAUUCAAUGAUGUUCUUGACCCUGAACAAUUGAACAAUGCUUUGGUACGAUUAUUGGAGAUUGGGGAUUGGAAGAAACUCGGUGGUCGGCUACGAUUGAAGGUUAGGGAGAACGGGGACCUAGAAGUCCAUGUCCCGAACAUCUCGGGGGAAGAUUCAAGAAAGACUUUCUUCACCCAUCAGACUUUCGACGUGGAAAUCCAGAACCACCCGGUGGCUUGUCAAUUCCCAACACCGACUGCAGGUCCAUCAAUCCAACCAAUUUCCGAAGACUUCAAGCCAUUUGUUACACGUCAAAGCUUCACAACCUUCCAGCAGCUAGUGCAGGAGAAACUGCCAUUGAUAUCUCUCCAUAUAUCCUCUUUCCGAGAUGCAACCCUGGUAUCUCUGGUCUGGCCUCACGUGUUGAUGGAUGCGUUUGGGGGCCAGGCUCUCCUCGCUGCCUGGUCAUCGGUAUUAGCCACGCGGGAAGAAGAUAUUCCUACCAUCAGCGGUGCACGGAAUGACCCUCUUCGUGAGGCAGUCUCGUCCAACCCCGAGAAAUGGGAAGAGCUGAAGCUCGAAAAAAGGCGUCUGAAAGGUAUGGAUCUUUUCAAGUUCUUAUCCCGGUACUUGUGGAACAAUAUACGGGACGCACCUCGAGAAAGGCGUGUUAUUUAUCUUCCGAAGAUCUUCUUGGACAGGAUGAAAAACCUUGCCCAGAAACAGAUUCACGAAACCCAUUCGUGUCGUGAUUCAGGAGUGUUCUUUAGUAGCGGGGAUGCACUUGUCGCGUGGGUAACGCGAGCAAUGGCAUUGUCAGAAUCAACACCGCGCCCAAUUACGAUUCUGAGUCUCUUAAACUCCCGCUUUCGGCUUCCGGAGUUUAUUAACUCGGCAGGGGUCUUUCUUCAAAAUCUAACCCUGGGAACCUAUACAUUCCUCUCAUCGCAAGAAGCAAGAGGGCCCAUUGGGCCCAUUGCACUUAGUCACCGCCAACAUUUCAAUGAACAAUCCACAGAGAAGCAGGUUCGUGCUUUUAUGAGAACCGGCUACCAAGAUAUCGACGCGGGUAAAACACCCGGGGUGCUCUUCGGGGAGGCGAAUGCCUUGCCGAUAAUUCUAAAUAAUAUGGUCAAGGCAGACUUAAUAAAAACGGUCGAUUUUAGGGCUGCUGUCGUGCGCCAGGGAGAUACCUCGAAGAACAGGGCGAAUCCGUUAGGAACGAUGCUCAUGUACUAUUAUGAAAACGUGGGCGAGCCGUACAAAGGCUUCAACCUUUUUACGAUGCUUGGUCAAGACUAUGCUGGUAAUCACUGGCUUAUGGGGACCCUUUUACCACGGGCAUGGGAUAAGAUAAUGGAGGAACUUGGAAACCUAUGA